UGAACUUAUCCGCUUUUCAUAAAACGGAAGUGACAUCCACGCCAUUGAAGCGGAAGUGGACCUGGCGACGAUGUGUGCAGAUAAACAAGAUAAACACUUCAGUAAUAUAACAUACUUUUUAUAUGUUUCUAAAAUUAAGCUACAAAUUUUAUUAUUUAGUUUGGAUUGCGUAUAUCCGAAGAGUGUCAUGGCGGCAGUGGCUGAGGUCAUGGCUGAGACAUCGGGCCUCAAGGCAUUUGAGUCUGUAAAAUCUGCUGCCAGUUCUGCUCCAGAAGAAGACGACGAUGAAUUGGAGGCACUGCGUUUAGCAGCAUUGUUGUCAAUGAAAGCCAAGACCAAGGCCACUUCAGGCUCGCCGAAUCUUUCGGAGGUACGGGACCGUCCGGGCAUCUAUCCAAACUACAGUCGCUACCAACAUGCCAAGAGGACUCCAGCAUUAGGAAAGCAGUAUCCUCGUGGUCAGCACACCCGCUCCAACCUGAUUGUGAUCCAGCCAGUGCCUUUGGACGGGAGCGAACCCAAACGAAAUCCAAGCGAAACUUGUCACAACAGUGGGGCGUUUCGUGCAAUCGAGCCCCCGAGGCUGUCUCUGCCCCAGGAUCGCUGGUGCCCACAGCUGAAGGAGGGGAUGCCCGCACCUCAGAAGGGUGACACCUCCAAGAGAAAAGUUUCGGGAAAGUUCAGCCACUUCGAGUCGAGUUCGGAAAGCGAGGAGAGUGACGACGACGACGGCCUGCUCCGCUCCGGCUCCACGUCCCCGUCCAGUGCCAUCAGCUUGGACGACGACAGCUGCGAAGAGCUCAACACCGACUCCAAUGCUCCAGCGGACGAAGAGGACACCAUCGACAGAUUUGACACCAACUCGAACAGCCAGUGCGCCAGUCAGACUCCUAUCUACAGCCAAGACCAGGCCGACAUCCGCAGCACCGAAAGUAAAGCCGUUUCCAACGAAAACGACACCAGCCGGCAUUUGGAUGCUCCUUCGAGUCCAGCACCAACGGGCAAUUCCCGGUUGCAGACGCCACCGGACGAUCGUUCUCCAGAUCUGGCCAUAUCUGAGGAGUGUGGUGUAGAGCCUGCUCACAGAGACGAUCGGUCGGGUGAGAGUGAAGGAAGGACAGACGUUUCGGCGUUAAAUAGGUGUUCGCGGACAACUCCGGAAAUCUGCCGCCAGGAAAAUGCGCCCCGGAUAGAGGCAGACGACAAACGAGAUGAAAACGAGUUUCCCCCGAAGUCCAGGGGUUGCGGCACGGACAAUGGAGUUCCGACAAUGACAGAGUGUGGCACUCAUCGGAGGGAGGUGGAGCGCAGGGUCAACGUUGUUGCUGAGAGCGUAGCUCAGGCGGAGCGGCGAGCCACCCCGAUCUCCUGGGAGAAGCGCGCCGAAGGUGACAAGCAUGAGGCAUUGAGGGUGCCGGCGGAAGGCAAUGGACCGCCGCCUUCUGCCAGUAACCUCCUGGAGGCCCGGAGGCGCAAGUUCGAGUUGAAUGCCCCGGUGUGUCCGACGGAGGGCAAGAUUGUGCUGCUCAAGGGGCCGAAGUGCACGGAUCAGACGGCGCAGCUGGAGAAUCCGCUGCCACCUCCACAGCCCGAGGCACGUUCGAGGUCGCGCAGUGGCAGUGUGAGCCCGCCCCUGCUGCGCUCGGUGCUGAGCGUGGUGAAGGUGACUUCUAGGGAGUCGUCCCCCUUGCUGCAGCCAGCGGCAGCCGCCGAGCGCAAGCGUCAUCGUCGUGCUGGCAGUGGCAGGACUGUGGAAGUCAUAAUGCCCGACAUCGGUGACGAAUCGAGCGACGCCGGCGAGAUAACGGCCAGCAGUGCCAAACUCCCAGUCCACCUCCGGCUGGGAGAGGCACCCUCAGCUGUGUGCACAUCCAAGAAAAAGAAGAGCAAGAGAAAACGUUCAUCGCGCGAUUUGUCAGGCGGUGCAAAGCGGAAGCGCACCAAGGCGUCCCUGGACCACGGCCCACAGAAGCGAGAGCAACGCUGGAGGCGCAAGGUCUGCUCACUCGGGCCGUCAUCACCGUGACGGCGGAGGUUUGCGCCACAUCCAGGUAAUUGCCCUUCUCCCCUCCCUCGUCGUGCGUGCCUAGCCUUGCUUUGUGUUUUUGGUGCAAAGGAGCACGAGUGCACAGAUGUGUGCCGGGUGUUCUAGAGGACUCCCUGGUGUGUGUGUGCGUGUCUGGUCACGGCGUGAAUAGUGUAGCAACGGGUGGUGUUGGGUGCCUCCUUACAGCUCCAAGCCUUCCCGUCAGUGUUUCAAAGUGCCAACCGUCAUCGGUGCGAGUUUUAAUGGCCGUUCUGCGGUGCUUGCGUGUGCCUAAGAGUGUUCGUGUUCAUUUUUGCAGCUCUCGGGGUAAAUGACGUCUUGCGAAACAUUAAGGUACAGGUCCGUUUCCUGUUGUAUUUCUUUCAAGUGUGCAUGCUGUAGCUGUCAAUGUUGAGCUCACCUGCUUGUCAAGUGCCAUAAUGUGCCAAGUACAUUUAAUUGAGGAUAAAUAUUCUUCAAUAACUUCGUUUCUAGGUUUGAUGGUAUUUUGUUUCCUUAUUUUUAGCGGUUGAUUUCCUGACGUCUUGGUCGGGCUCACACAAAUAACGGUGCAGCUGUCACUCGCUACGCUGGUCUGUUGCCGACUUUUUUUUUUUUUAUUGUCAUUUUUCGCAACAGAAAAGUCAUUCCUGGUGUAAAAUUAGUGUUCAUAGGUUGUAGUUGUAUCAUAAUGUAAAAAUUAUUGCUCAUAAGUUGGAGCUGAAUCAUAAUGUAAAAUUCUUGUUCAUAAGUUGUACCUGUUACUGAUUAAGGCUAAGAGGUUAGAACCUCCAGUGCCUUUCCCAUCAACGCCCUACUCGACGCAUAAAUGGGCAUAAAAUUAUUUAUCUGCGCAUAAUUUUUUUGGCAAAGUGCAGUUUUUAUACUUGCUCUUUUACGUCGGUGUACCCUUUUACAGUACUCCGAUUUUACAAUGUAUAUAACGUGCCUACGUAUUAUCUACAUGGUUUGUUGAGAUGUUGUUUUUUCACAUUUGAAGCCUUGCAUGUGUAUUUUUGAAAAGGCAGUGCUCAUACCAUUUCUCUUUUCACAGCAGGUUGUGUGUCAACGGUUAACAUACUUAAGAGAAGCGCGCCUCAUCCCCCAAACAACUUUUGCACUAUUGUGAUACAAAGCAAACUGUGAGCCAAAACUGACUGGCGCUCUGAUUGACUGCCUGGCCAGGUGGGCUGUUCGGUUGGCUGUGCCUCUGGAUUGCAUCCGACAUGUUUGAGGAAAAGUGUAGUAGUUAUCUUGUGUUGGAACUGAGUGUCCUCCUUGAUACUUUGUGUGCGAAAGGAACUGUGCUCAGUUUCAUCCUAACGAGAAUAGACAGCAGAGCUCUGAGGGGAAGCGUUUGACUGCAAAAGGCGGUUGCAUAGCACUUGUCAUACUUGUACAGUGGAUGUGCCUGCCAAAUCUACAUAUGCACACUCGUGGGCUUUGCUGUGCAUUCUUGCUAAGGAGGAAUUGGAGCAUAACCCUGUCAAACGUCGUUCCAGUAUCAAAUAUUUUGUGCGCUGCUAUGUAUAUUUUUGCUGGCUCGGUUUGCAUAUGCAGACCUCUCAAUUAUAGAUACAAUGUUUGCAAGUAAGCUGCAUGUUAAACUAAUUUAGCCAGAUGGCUUCCUUGUUUGUCCAAUUGCAUUUUCCAACAUUGGGUGCUACCUCACUACGAGAGGUGCAAAUCAAAGCUGUAGUCUGACUACACGAUAUGGAUAUGAUUUCUCGGUGCAAGCUGGACGGAUGGAUAUUAGUAGGGCUAGAAUGCUGAUGCUGCUCCUUGUUGGUCGAUUCACUUCUUUAUAAUUUUGUGUACAUGCAUUUGUAUCUUCAUGUAUCUAUAUAUACAUAGCCACAUUGUGUAACCUGUGUUCAUACUGUUCAACAUCGUCUCUUAUAUCCAAUAGAAUGUAUGUUUGUUGCUAAUGUGUUGUAAACUGGAA